UAACAGAUAGCGUGUUUAACAGAAGUGAGCAGAAAUUAGUGUGAUAUAAUAGUGUGGUAUAAUUAGUAUAAUUUUUUACUAGCCUGUCAAUGGUCGGUGGAUCCUGCUAACCUCUAAAAAUCUAACAAUUCACUUGUGAAUACAGCAAAGAUAGCAGUCAAUAUGCAAAACCAAAAUAUGGACGAGGAAGAAGAUUUUGAAAUGAGCCAAUGGUAUGGAGUAAGAGAAGCUACAUUGUUUGUGGUUGAUGCGACACAAAAAAUGUUUGAGGAAGAUCCUAAAAAUAAAAUCAGCUGUAUCCGCAAAUUUUUCAAGCUAUACAAGCAAAUUCUACGACAAAAGUUAGCGUCGAAUAUGCAAGAUUGGAUAGGUGUAGUGUUAUUUGGCACUGAGCAAAAGGACCCAGAUUCAUGUUGGAAACAUAUUCAGACUUUGCAACCACUGAGAGUUGUCACCUUGGAUGAUUUACAGCACAUCAGAAAACUAACAAAAGAUAACAUGAGAUGUUACCAGAGUAUGCAGUCUGACGAUACUUACCCACUUUAUGAUGUACUGUCGCAUUCAAUGGACAUCUUCUUGAAGAUAAAAACAGUGCUCACCAAACGUAGGAUAGCUCUGAUCACCUGUCACAGCCCUGUGCUGGAGGAGGACGAGAAGUAUCGGAUCAGGUCGGCAGCAGCGUCUUUAGCAACACGGGAUAUCGAAUUGUACGUGAUUAGUUUGGAUGAUAAUUGGGUGCGCGAUGGUUUCUACAAGGAAUUAGAGAUGCUGUCGAGAAAGACGGACCCAGCUGUUUAUAGGCUGACAUCUAUGGUGGAUCUGGUGCAGCAGAUCCAAGCACCGCCCAAGAACAUCGCGCAAUUAUCCUUCAAGAUGUGCGACAAUUUGGAGCUUGAUCUAGUUGUGCGUACUCUGGGCAGGAAACGUAGAUGCUUGCAAAUGAAGCAGCUAAGUAAAGCGACCGGUCAGAUUCUGUCGAGAUCGACAUACUUCAAAGGCGACGAGAAUUUUUAUGAUGAGGAGAACAAUGACGAUGAAGAAGCUGACUUGCCUUACCUGAUACCGGAGGAAGUCAACUUGGAAACUGAGCGUGAGAUCGGUGGCAGAAAGCUGCAUUUCACGCCAAAGGAGAUUUCCAGAGUGAAGCACAUACAUCCGCCGGCCAUCAAGUUAAUCGGCGUGAAGCCUAUACCGAACGAUCUCUUUCGGUACCACGUGAAACGGCAGUACUUUGUCAGACCAAACAACGGUAGUACUCGCAAAGACAAUCUAUUGUUCUUCGGCGCUUUAUUGAACAAAUGCGCCGCCGCGGGCAAAAUGAUAGUUUGCACAUUCACGAUGCGGGUGAACACUCAAACCAAUCUCUGCUAUAUGAUUCCGAACGUGGAAUUGGGUGGUUUCUACUUAUCGAAAGUUUCUUUCCAAGGAAGCAUAGGAGAUAAGAGCGAAGUGUUGGAUCAUUACAGGACGCAGCAGCAAGUAACCAACGAGGAGGUCGAGCUGUGGAAAAGGACUAUCGAUCAAUUAAACAUGGAAUACUGUCCGCACAAGUUCAAAUCCUAUAAAUUGGAAAGUCAAAUACAAAUAGUGGAAAAAUUAGCUCUGGAUAAGAAGCCCGGUCCGCCGCCGAACAAUACUAUCGAGCAGUCGUUUCUGAAAACUUAUAAGGAAGUGGCGGAACUUGUUCCUGAGUUUAAAACCAUGUAUCCUAAUUUGGACAAAUCCGACGAACCACCAAAGGCGAAAAAAGCUAGAAAGACUAAAGCAACAUCAUAAUUUUGUAAUUGUGCAUAUAAAGAGCGUAGUGUACAAUGGGUGGUAGAAAUAUGUUCAUAAGAAACAGGAAUAAGAAAUUGACCAAUCAUGUUCGAAUAUAAGAAAGAUUAAUCGACUAUGAAUGAUUAAUUUCUUACUUCUUGCAAACAUACUGCUGCUUAUUGUCGACCACGUUUAAUAUUAGUAUAUAUAUAUAUA